GGGCGGCCAGGCGCCGGGGCACCAGAGGUGAAGCACGGCGAGGAUGGCGGCGCGGGGCCGGGGGGUGACGCCGCUACUGCUCGCGCUCUCGGCGCUGCUGGCGCUGGGCCCCAGCGCUGCGGCGGCCAAGCUCAACAUCCCCAAAGUGCUGCUGCCCUUCACGCGGGCCACGCGCGUGAACUUCACGCUGGAGGCCUCCGAGGGCUGCUACCGCUGGUCCUCGACCCGGCCGGAGGUGGCCAGCGUUGAGCCGCUGGGCCCGGACGAGCAGCAGUGCUCCCAGAAGGCGGUGGUGCAGGCCCGCCCGUCCCAGCCCGCCCGCCUGACGAGCAUCGUCUUCGCAGAGGACAUCACCACCGGCCAGGUCCUGCGCUGUGACGCCAUCGUCGACGUCAUCCAUGGCAUUCAGAUCGUCUCCACCACCCGCGAACUCUACCUGGAGGACUCUCCGCUGGAGCUGAAGGUCCGGGCUCUGGACGCUGAAGGGAACACCUUCAGCACUCUGGCCGGGCUGGUCUUCGACUGGACGAUCGUGAAGGACUCGGAGGCCGGCGGGUUCUCAGACUCCCACAACGCGCUGCGAAUCCUCCCGUUCUUGGAGUCUACGUACAUACCUCCUUCCUACAUCUCAGAGAUGGAGAAAGCGGCCAAGCAGGGGGACACCGUCUUGGUGUCCGGGAUGAGGACCGGGAGCUCCAAGCUCAAGGCUCGCCUCCAGGAGGCCGUCUACAAGAACGUACGCCCUGCCGAGGUCACGCUGCUGAUUUUGGAGAACAUCCUUCUGAACCCAGCUCAUGACGUCUACGUGAUGGUGGGGACCUCCCUUCGCUACAAGGUGCAGAAGAUCAGGCGAGGGAAGAUCACAGAACUGUCAAUGCCUUCCGACCAGUACGAGCUGCAGCUUCGGAACGACAUCCGGGGCCCCGAGGGAGACCCGGGCCGGCCCGUGGCUGUCUUGGCCCAGGACACGUCGACCGUCACUGCAAUGCAGCUGGGACAGAGCAACCUGGUCCUCGGCCACAGGAGUAUCCGCAUGCAGGGUGCGUCGAGGUUACCCAACAGCACCAUCUACGUGGUCGAACCCGGGUACCUGGGGUUCACAGUCCAUCCUGGUGGCAGGUGGGUACUCGAGACUGGCCGCCUGUACGAAAUUACCAUUGAAGUGCUUGACAAGUCUGGCAACAAGGUCUACCUGUCAGACAACAUCCGAAUUGAAACCGUGCUUCCUCCUGAGUUCUUUGAGGUGCUCUCUUCUUCCCAGAAUGGGUCAUACCAUCACGUCAGGACAAUAAAGAGGGGCCAAACAGCCAUCGAGGCGGCCCUCACCUCCGUGGUGGACCAGGAUGGAGGGGUCCACAUGUUACAGGUGCCUGUGUGGAACCAGCAGGAGGUGGAAAUUCACGUCCCCAUCACCCUCUAUCCCAGCAUCUUGACGUUUCCGUGGCAACCAAAGAUGGGUGCCUAUCAGUACACAAUAAAGGCCCACGGCGGGAGUGGGAACUUCAGCUGGUCUUCCUCAAGCUACAUGGUUGCCACGGUCACUGUCAAGGGCGUGAUGACCACAGGCAGUGACACUGGACUCAGUGUGAUCCAGGCUCGUGACGUGCAGAACCCGCUACAUUUUGGGGAGAUGAAGGUGUACGUGAUCGAGCCCCGCAGCAUGGAGUUUGCCCCGUGCCGGGUGGAGGCACGAGUGGGCCAGGCCCUGGAGCUGCCCCUGAGGAUCGACGGCCUCAUGCCCGGCGGGGCGGGCGAGGCGGUCACCCUGAGCGACUGCUCCCACUUCGACUUGGUGGUUGAGGUGGAGACCCAGGGUGUGUUCCAGCCGCUCCCAGGGCGGCUGCAGCCGGGCCCUGAGCACUGCAGUGGGGUCAGAGUGCGAGCUGAGGCCCAGGGGUACACGGCGCUCCUUGUGAGCUACACGCACGGCCACGUCCACCUGAGCGCCCGCAUCACCAUCGCUGCCUACCUGCCCCUCAAGCCUGUGGACCCCUCCUCUGUCGCCUUGGUUACCCUGGGCUCCUCAAAGGAGAUGCUGUUCGAAGGAGGUCCUGGACCCUGGGUCCUCGAGCCUUCCAAGUUCUUCCGGAACGUCACCUCCGAGGACAUGGACAGCAUCAGUCUGGCUCUCUUGGGGCCCCCUGCCUCCCGGAAUUACCAGCGACAUGGGAUCCUUGUGACCUGCCGGGCCUUGGGCGAGCAGGUCAUCACCCUCUUGGUGGGGAACAAGCCCAGCAUCACCAACCCCUUCCCCGCGCUGGAGCCCUCCGUGGUGAAGUUCGCCUGUGCCCCGCCCUCCAGGCUCACCCUCACGCCCGUCUUCGCCAGCCCCCAGCCGGACCUGUCGUGCCCACUGCUGCAGCAGAACAAGCAGGUUCCAGUCUCCAGCCACCGCAACCCUCGGCUGGACCUGGCCGCCUAUGACCAGGAGGGCCGCAGAUUCGACAACUUUAGCUCUCUGAGCGUCCAGUGGGAAUCCACCCGGCCGUUGCUGGCCAGCAUCACGCUUGACCUGCCCAUGCAGCUGGUGUCCCAGGAUGACGGGAGUGGCCAGAAGAAGCUACACGGUUUGCAGGCCAUUUCGGUUCAUGAGGCAUCGGGAGCCGCGGCUGUCUCCGCCACGGCGACUGGCUACCAGCAGUCCCACCUCAGCGCUGCCAGAGUGAAGCAGCCGCACGACCCUCUCAUGCCUGUGUCGGCCUCCGUAGAGCUCAUCCUGGUGCAGGACGUGCGGGUGAGUCCGGAAGAGGUGACCAUCUACAACCACCCUGCUGUGCAGGCGGAGCUGCACAUCAGAGAAGGCUCCGGCUACUUCUUCCUCAACACCAGCACUGCAGACAUCGUCCAGGUGGCCUACCAGGAGGCCAGGAACAUCGCCACGGUGCACCCUCUGCGCCCGGGCACGUCGACCAUCAUGAUCCAUGACCUGUGCCUAGCCUUCCCGGCCCCGGCCAAGGCUGCCGUUCACGUCUCAGACAUUCGGGAGCUGUAUGUCCGCGUAGUGGACAAGGUGGAGAUUGGGAAGACGGUCAAGGCAUACGUCCGCGUGCUGGACUUUCACAAGAAGCCUUUCCUGGCCAAAUACUUUGCCUUCAUGGACCUGAAGCUCCGAGCAGCCUCCCAGAUCGUCACGUUGGUGGCCCUUGACGAGGCCCUCGACCACUACACUGCCACGUUCCGCGUCCAUGGCGUGGCCAUUGGCCAGACCAGUCUCACUGCAACCGUGACUGAUAAAGCCGGACAGAGAAUCAGCGCGGCCCCACAACAGAUCGAGGUCUUUCCCCCGUUUAGGUUGAUGCCCAGGAAGGUGACGCUGAUCACUGGGGCCAUGAUGCAGAUCACCUCCGAGGGCGGCCCUCAGCCUCAGUCCAACAUCCUCUUCUCCAUCAGCAAUGAGAGCGUUGCGGUGGUGAACGGCGCCGGGCUGGUGCGGGGGCUUGCCAUCGGCAACGGCACCGUGUCAGGGGUCGUGCAGGCCGUGGACGCUGAGACCGGCAAGCUCGUCACCGUGUCUCAGGAUCUCGUGGAGGUGGAGGUGCUGCUUCUCCAGGCGGUGAGGAUCCGCGCCCCCAUCACUCGGAUGAGGACGGGGACCCAGAUGCCGGUUUACAUCACCGGGAUCACCAACGACCAGAACCCUUUCUCCUUCGGCGAUGCCAUGCCAGGCCUGACCUUCCACUGGUCGGCCACCAAGCGGGACAUCGUGGACAUCCGGGGGCGGCACCACGAGGUAACCACCCACCCCGAGCACCACCCUCCAUCCCAGGCCAGUGUCUCUGCACACGAGGCAUCGCUCCGGCUCCCGUCACAGUACAACUUUGCCAUGAACGUGCACAGCCGGGUGAAAGGCCGGACCGGGCUGAGAGUGGUGGUCAAGGCCCUGGACCCCACAGCUGGGCAGCUGCAUGGCCUCGCCAGAGAACUCUCUGAUGAGAUCCAAAUCCAGGUGUAUGAAGAGCUGCUGCUGCUGAACCCUGAAGUAGAAGCAGAGCAAAUCCUGAUGUCGCCCAACUCCUGUAUAAAGCUUCAGACAAACAGGGACGGCGCAGCAUCUCUGAGCUACCGUGUCCUGGAUGGGCCCGAGAAGGUUCCCCUGGUGCACAUUGACGAGAAAGGCUUCCUUGCGUCGGGGUCUGCGAUCGGGAGGUCCACAAUCGAAGUGACCGCCCAAGAGCCUUUCGGGGCCAACCAAACCAUCACCAUUGCUGUAAAGGUGUCUCCCGUCUCUUACCUGAGGAUCUCCAUGAGCCCCACCCUGCACACCCAGAACAAGGAGGCGCUGGCAGCGCUGCCUCUGGGAAUGACCGUGACCUUCACUGUCCACUUCCACGACAACUCUGGCGACAUCUUCCACGCUCACAAUUCAGUCCUCAACUUUGCAACCAACAGAGAUGAGUUUGUGCAAAUCGGGAAGGGCGCCGCCAACAACACCUGCGUCGUCCGCACCGUCAGCGUGGGCCUGACGCUGCUCAGCGUGUGGGACACGGAGCACGUGGGCCUCUCCGACUUCGUCCCGUUGCCCGUCCUGCAGGCCCUCUCCCCGGAGCUGUCCGGAGCGGUGGUGGUGGGAGACGUCCUCUGUCUGGCCACUGUCCUGGUCAGCCUGGAAGGCCUCCCCGGAACCUGGAGCUCCUCAGCCAACAGCAUCCUCCACGUCGACCCCAAGACGGGCGUGGCCGUGGCCCGGGAUGCAGGAUCCGUGACGGUUUACUACGAGGUCGCUGGGCACCUGAGGACCUACAAGGAGAUAGUGGUCAGCGUCCCUCAGAGGAUUGUGGCCCGUCACGUCCGCCCUGUCCAGACCAGCUUGCAGGAGGCGGCAGCCUCCACCGUGGUGGUCACCGUGGGAGACCGGAGCUCUAACCUGCGAGGUGAGUGCUCCCCUGUGCAGAUGGAAGUCAUGGAGACCCUGCACCCGGAAUCCCUCAUCCGCUGCCAGCUCCAGUUCAAGCCAGACGUCUUGGACUUCCCAGCACAUGAUGUUUUCACCGUGGAACCGGGGUUUGAUGCUGCUCUGGGCGGGUACCUCUGCUCCGUCGUGACGCACAGGCUGACGGACAAGCAGCUGAGGCACCUCAGCACGAAGACGACGGCGCUGGUGGUCACUGCCUCCAUCCCGGGCAGCGCCUUCUCCGGAGAGCAGGUCGGGGCCAAGGUGCCCUUCAGCCCAGGGCUUUAUGCCGACCAGGCUGGAAUCCUUUUGAGCAACCAGCACACCAGCUCUGAGGUCAAGGUCUUUGGUGCCGUGGAGAUUCUGGAGAACCUGGAGGUGAAAUCGGGGUCCCCGGCUGUGCUGGCCUUCGUGAAGGAGAAGUGUUUGGGGCUUCCCAGCUUCCUCACCUACACAGUCAGUGUCUCGGACCCCACAGCCGGCAGCCAGGGGCCUCUGUCCACCGCCCUGACCUUCUCCAGCCCCACGACUAACCAAGCCCUCACCAUCCCGGUCACCGUGGCCUUUGUGAUGGAUCGCCGAGGGCCCAGGCCUUACGGAGCCAGCCUCUUCCAGCACUUUCUGGAUUCGUACCAGGUCAUGUUCUUCACGCUUUUUGCGCUGCUGGCUGGGACCGCUGUCGUGAUCAUAGCCUACCAUACGGUCUGUGCGCCCCGCGAGCUCGCCACAUCUCCAGCCCUCUCCCCCCGAGCCAGCCCUCGGCAGAGCCCCUACUAUUUUGCUGCCUCGUCGCCGACGCCUUUCAGUGCACUGCCUCCUGCGCGCAGAGCCAGUCCUCCCUCGGGGCUGUGGAGCCCUGCGUACACCUCACACUAGUCAGCAUGCGGGGCUGGGCCGGCGGCUGCCCGCACAGACACCCUGGUGCUGCUGGGCCUCCGCAGCAGGGACAGUCGCGCUCCUGCUCCUGCGGCCUGGAGCGAGCCCCGAGCCCGGCCCCGGCCGAUGUCGCCGCCGCCUCUGUUCUCACAGACCGCAGUCUAGGCCGUGCUCGUUAGCUUAUUCUUGUACGUAGGACUUGAAGUUUCUUGUUUGUUUUUACUUCCGAGUCUUGCAAAGGCUAAGACUUCUGGCUCAUUCCCGUAUGCCUGCCUGUCCAGGGCUUCUGGACAAUGUGCGCUCGUGCUCUUAUUGUCCUCGAGUCUCUCAAAUCGAGACUUCGAGUGGACAGAAGCGCUGUUAGUUGUCUGGAUGAUGUUACUGCAGUGGUCUCAGGGAAGGGACUUCUUAACUACUUGUUUAUUUCUGUGGGCUUUUUCCCCGUGGAAACCUGAGUUUUCCCGAGUCUGCUCCCGCUAGGAAGCGAGGGGACUGAGCAGCCGUGAGCGUCCAGGGCAGCCCCGAUGCUGCACAGGAGCCCAGGACCGCAGCCACCAGCCCCGCUGGCUCUGCCCCGGGAGACAGGGAGAUGCUGCAGAGCCGAGAGCCCAGAGAGCCGCUGCUCCCGGCCCCGCGCACCACUGUGAAUCGACUUUCUUUGUUUCCUAAGCUGUGGAAACGCCUCCUGGGCUCAGCCUCGGCCCUGUGGGGACAUCCCGUGGAGUCCGGCUCGUUCUCCUUGUCCCGGCUCCUGCGUCAGCACAGGGACAUCAGGAUCAUAGUUAGGAAGCGUCCCUGAGCUGGAGACAGGGACCUUUCUGUUUGUGCAUGGGGAGGAGCCGCCGUGUCCUGCCCAAGCACAAAGACCCAGGCUUAUCUGUUCCUCCUUUUGUGCAGCGGUCUCGCACCGCAGCGAUCUGAGCCUCUGUCCCGCCCGGGCGGGGAUGGCCUCCCCGGCGGUCAGCUCGCUGGGCCCACGCCCUCCAGGCAGCGCCCCUGAGGGCCACAGGGCCUGUCCUCCAGGAAGGGGCUGGGAAGGAGAAGACAGAAAUCUCCCUCCUUCUCGGCUCCCCGGUCCGUCAGCCCCAGAGGCCUCCAGAAGGCGGCCCCUGCCCUGGGCCCAGGCCCGCCGCACUCAGGAAGUCUGGAGGCGCACCCAGAGCCCGUCUCGCGUGGACACUGUGUCUGGAGUCCCGUGGAACUCUGAGCCGCAGGUGUGAAUCCAGUCCCGUCCUUUGGGCUGGGCCUCGUGAUUUAUUUUCCUAAAGCUGAGACAGGAAGAAUGGUGCCUUGAUAUCACUUGAGCUCAAACUGACGACUUGGAUGUAAAUAGGUGCGUUUCUACUUGGCUUAUUUUAAUAAAGCUUCAUAUAAUUUCUUAA